AUGGGUGUCAGCACAGUUUCUGCAGCUAUACACAUAACUCCAGUUGUUAUUCAGACGUUCUUUAGACAUGGUAAACGGCGCGCGCAGAAAUUCAAGGAUUCGGUCGAAGAAGAAGAGGCACUAGAUGAUAUAUUCUUUGACGAGGCUUUCCACAUCGUGAAAGCAUUUAUAGAGCUUGGAGUGCGAAAUACUAUCGAGUCUCUCCAGUCAUUUACCAACACGCAUGUCCCAGCCCCAUAUUGGGCUGCGGUUGCUCCCGUUCGAAUCCCCUUAAGUCUGUGCAAUGAUGCUGCCGACGUGCUAAUCAAAUGGUUUGGCCCACAAGAACUGAAACAUGUAGUCGGUGGGGAAAGAUGGUGGCAGGUCAGAGGGAUGGACGGCAUAGAUUGUGAAUGGAUCACAGAGAACGAAUAUCUGCUCGAUGAUCUACAUGUUGAGAACAGCAAGCAAUUGUCUAAAACGGAUGCGACUAUUUUACGAAUGGAGCAUCUUGAGACGGUGAUGCUUUAUGUUCAUGGAGGUGGCUUCUCCUGGGGCUCAAUUAACACCCAUCGAUACCAAAUCAUACGCUAUGCACGCAAGAUUCGAGGUCGUGCAUUUGCCGUGAACUACCGAAAAGCACCUCAAUACCCUUUUCCUUGUCCUUUGCAUGAUGUGAUAAGCGCUUAUCUCUACCUUAUUCGACCGCCCAUGGGUGCUCGUCAUCGGUCCAUUCAGCCAUCUAAAAUAGUUUUGGCUGGUGAUAGUGCCGGAGGAAAUCUGUGUUUGACCGCUCUGACUGUUCUUCGCGACAUGGGUAUGCCAUUGCCCGCUGGAGCUAUUUUGAUUAGUCCAUGGGUGGACUUGACACACAGUUUUCCAAGCAUCAUGCAUAACUCGAAGACAGACAUCAUACCACUACAUGGAUUUUUAGCCAGACCCUCUACACUGUGGCCCAUUGAUCCUGUACCACCUCUGGGCGGCCGCGUAUGUGCCACGGAGUCUAAUCCACCUCCUAAACCUGGACAUGCGGACACCUUACACCCUAGUGCCUACCGAGUCCAAGAGGAUGCAAGUACAGAUACAACAGAGACCGUGCAACGUCAAGAGGAAAUGCUCCAACAGUCACCCAAGCAUGCAUCUCAUUCUGAGUCCAGAGCUAGCGGAAAAUCAAAAGCUUUGGACACAGACAUGGGGGACUGUGAUAUUGAUUUAUGGGAACCGAAGCCACCGAAAGUGCUCAUGAAAGAUCCUGAUGCUGUCCCGCUUGAAUUGCGUUCACAGAUCCAACAGUAUGCAACCACUGAGCAGUUAACACAUCCCCUGGUGUCGCCAAUUGUUCAAGGAUCGUUAGGAAAUCUUCCACCGUUGUAUAUCAUCGCGGGUGACGGCGAAGUGCUCCGAGACGAAAUCAUACACUUGGCGCAUCGUGCAGCGCAUCCAGAGGAUUAUCGUGUUAGAAGCGGCCUCUUAAGGGAGGGGAAUAGACAAAAAGAAAAUGCUACCAAAUUCACUACGCCAACGAAGGUCCAUCUUCAAGUGUUUGAUGAUAUGUGUCAUGUACUGACCGUGUUUAGUUUCACUCAGAGCGCAAAGUAUGCAUAUCGUUCCAUUGCAGAAUUCGUCAAACACGCGACUAAUGACGACCCGGGACUUGAACCGUUUCCAGAGCUGCAGCGCCCCCCCUCGAGGGCUUCGGUGGACAGCGAAGCAUUAGGCGAACAUAUGGCAAAACGGUCGCCAUUUACAAUAUUUUCUAGGAAAACUUCCCCGAAGGCCAAAAAUGUACUUCGCCAACAAUCGACAGGAGUAAAAUUGUACAACCAAGAGGUAGCUGCAGUUGCCAACCAAAUACAAAAUCUGGAACAAGAAAACUUGUCUUCUUCGCAGUCGACUACUGAUGGGUUUUUUGUCAUGGUUCGCGAACGGGUUGAUAUUCGGGGUGUUACACGAGACAUGGAGCCUAGGGAGGAGAUGGCCUGUCUUCAGAUAAACUCCUCUCAAAUUGGACUGAUCAAGGAAGCUCCUACCGUGCGAUGGCACGAGGGACAAAAGAAAUGGGAUAUCAUGUUUGCGCAUGAAGCAAGAAGGGUUUUAAAGCAUCGAAAAAGGAUAGAGCGAAAGAUCCAGGACCUAUUGCGUAGCGCCCGGGAGCAAGGCCUCUUGUUAGUAGGUGAAACCGAUUCUGCAGAUCAUCCGCAGAAGCGGGAUGCUUCUACUGAGAGAAGCACAUCCAUGAAUCCAAUAGACGGCACAAUACGAUCUGAUCGUCGGUGGGGCCCGCUGGACCUUGAUGAUGAGCACCCGCCACCUAGUGCUAUCGCCAAGCGGAGAGACACGCCCGAGAGCCUUGCGCUUAUUAAAAUGGCUAUAUACCAUUCGGCACCCGUCACGCAUCUCACUGUACCCAGACUCAAGCCUUUGGACGCGGUGAAAGCUGCUUUCGACCCUCACGAUGACCCUAUGAGGCCACCGAGGCAGUCCGUAUCCGAACAGCAGGUUCAGACUCAUAUUAUACCAGGUGUGCAUGGGCUGAGAAUAUGGGACGCAAUUUUACGGUGA